AGAGUAGUCACGUAGAAGGUCUAGUUUAUUAUGAUUCAGAAGUGGAGAAUGUUGGUGGCGAAAGUAGUAAUAGGGCCAGCAACUAUAAUUCUCACCGACCACCUUCACCGAAUAGGCGGUCUCCUUCCCCAAACGGAAGAUCUUCAAAUGUUCGACCGUCACCAAAUAAUCAACGUUCAACUAGUCCAAUAAGACCUUUAUCUCCAAGUUCAGGGACAAGAAAUAAACAAACUCCUGCAUUUUCAAACCAUAAGGAAAACAUGAAUAUAAUAGAUCCAAUAGUCGAUGAUGAAGAUGACAAUGUCCCUUUAGGUCUUUACAAAACAACGCAUAUAACAAAAUAA